GGGACGUUUCCCAAUAUUCUCUCGGCGCCCUUAGAAAAAGGUAAAAGUAAAAAAACAGAGGGAUAUUAUUCGCUUCUUCAUCUGCUGCGUUCCUCCUCCUCCAAUUUUUCUUUAAACUACUAGGGUCUCGUUUGGAGCAAUGGCGCCCAAAAAGAAACUAACUCGAUAUGAUGCCGCUUAUGAUCAUUUGGGGCCAUUAAGUCUAGGGUUUCCAAAGAGAGUGAUUCGGUCUAAAAUUGAUUCCCUUUUGAAGGUUUAUGGUAAAGAUGAAGGUUGGAUCUUCAUUGAGGAAUGUUCAUACAAGUUACUGAUUGAGUGUCUCUUGGAAGAUCAAGAGAUGUUACUCUUAAAAGGACCAGAAGAUGAAGAAGACCUAGGGAACCUACUUCUGAAGGAGAAAGAGGAAGAAGAUGAAGACCAGCAACUUCUGGAAAACAAUUCAAGCAUUGUUGAAAAGAGAAUUACAAGGUCAUGUUCAGCUGCAAGGACAUCAAAAGCAAUCACUGUAUUUGAACACAUUGGCUAUGAGUCUAGGACUGAGGAGGCGAAGAAGAUAAUAGAAGACAACAAGUAUCUUUUGCCAGCUGCACAAAAAGAGAGGUCGCUAAGAGAACUUACUGCUCUUGUAGUCUUUGGAAAUGAUGAUGACAAGUUGGUCUCUGCACAAGAGAAGUCGCAAGAAAGACUUACUGGGCCUGUGCAAGGUUCUCCCCAGUAUCUUUUGCCAGCUGCAGAAAAAGAGAGGUCACAAAGAAAACCUGCUGGUCUUCUAACCUAUGGAAAUGAUGAUGGCAAGUUGGUCUCUGCACAAGAGAAGUCGCAAGAAAGACUUACUGGGCCUCUGCAAGGUUCUCCCCAGUACUGUAUGAGGAGGCCCUGUUUUGGUUUGCUUGAUAAUGAGGAUGAUGGUGAAGACGACUAUGUGUUCUCUGAGACAAAGGCUUCAGUUCGUGAAAGAAUGGUCAGGGAGGGGUCAGUAAUUCCCAGGGAAGUACAGAAGUCUUGGUGGGAUGCCGUGGGUGCAACAUAGCAGGAACUAGCAUGCUGUUAGAUAGAAUGAACGACCAGGAAUGUUUGAUAAUUGAUAGGACUGGGACUGACCAUAUGAACACACAACAGAAACCAACCUGACACCAACCAACUCUUGACAUUGAAGUUCCUCUUGCUGUUCAGAAGGAUGUUGUGUACUUUAGGACGUUGUGUACUUUAGGUAUGUUCUUCUUUGUGAAUCCUUAUAUUAGUUCGAUAAAAUAUAUAUGUACAUAAAUAGACAGACCAGGAAUGUUUGGAAUUGGAUCAUAAUUGCACCAAGCUUUCAGUUGGGAGUUUGGAUGGGGUACAAUCUUCUUCUCUUUUUUUGUCC